ACCUGAGAAAGACCACAUACCUAAUCCUGGCUGAGAGCAUGCCAUUUCCUGAGAAAUCGAAUAUGAAACCCGUUGCUUGGAUAUCGAGUGCAGUUCCCCACCUCAAGAACUGGGUUAGAAGCCUGGUUUCGAUGUCAACACACGCCAAGCGCGCAUGGCGCGAUUUGUCAAAGGGUCGGUGGGAGGCUCGUACUCAUGGUCUGGGAAAGGACACGACUAUGAGAUCCCCGUCCGGUGAUGAAGAAGUUUCAUCACCUAUCUCAAAACCGGCAAAGGAGAAUAAGAGGAAAAGGGCCUCGAACUCUGAGGGUCAAAAACCCAAGAAGAGAACAACCUGUAAACCCAAGGGGAACACAAUCCCAGUGAAUAUGGAGUAAGUCCAAAGGCUAAGGGAAGAAAAAGAAGAAGAAAAAGAAGAGAAAGAAGAUGAUUCUGGGCUGGCGGCCCGUGCGCGAGCUAGCACCGAGAUUCGGCGAACUCCGGAACUGGUGGGAGUUGAUACUACUCCGUCUAGGCUUGAUGAGGUCGAGGAGAAAACUUCGGCCCAAGUACCCAAGCCGAGAUAAAUUCAUCGAAGAUGCUUUAUCUCAGGUCAAAGAGACCGUUGAAGAUGUGGUGGAUGCUGGUGCAGAAAUCGGGCUCAGGCUCUCUAAGACGGAGGCGGCGCCCCAAAAGAUCCACUUGGGGCAAUAGAGAUCGGGGAUUCCCCCUCAUUUUCUUUAUUUUCUGAGUCGAUGAUAUGCGAUGCUCAGGCCGUGGAGACUUGUUAUGGGGAAGGAGCCCACAAAGAGGAAGAUCCUUUUCGUGAUUAUUUUAUUAGGGUAGAAGGUGUCACCGGUCUGAGUGACUUAGAGGUUCCGGAGAAGAGUUCGGGCGAGGCUUUCUUGAGUUUUAAACUGACCAAUCAGUUUUCGACCCCUAGUGCCGAUCCCGGGUGCAAGCGAACAAUCAUUACCACGAUCCCGGAGGAUGCCCGAGUUCUUACUGCCCCCGUAGGGGUGGCUAGCUACCUCCGACGUUCGGUCACGGAAGAAGACCAAGCCCAAAUGGACGAGGUGAAAGCAUCUUGUCUUUUCAACGAAGCCCAACAGGCCCUGA